AUGGAAAGCCGACGGCCAGGUGAGUAAAUUUUUAAAAUUUUAUUUGAUGCUAUGACGUUUUAAAAUGUUGUCGGAUGAGGGUGGUGGCAGGUGGUCAUACAGUGGUUUUUAAGAUUUGUUGGAGGGAAAAUUAAAAAAAAACUUUGGGAACAGGUUUUAGUAAGAGUAGGGUAAGGGUAGGAAAAACGUUUUGCCGAGACCGGACUGGACCUGAGUAAAGAAAUAGAGCCAGUACGGACCUGUCUAAAAAUGUUAAACUGGACUGGAAAAAAAGAUUAAAUCCGGUCCCGGUCUGUCUCAACACUGGGUAGGGAAGGUAUUUACCUUAUGCGUAGGUAGGGUUAUCGUAAGCGUGAGGUACUUGGAUAUUAGGGUAAACAUAAAACCAAGGCAGGGUAAUGUGAGGUAGUACAUAAUAAGUAGCUUAGGUUAGUUUAGGGUAGGGUAGGAUAGGGUAGGGUAGGGUAGGGUAGGGUAGGGUAGGGUAAGGUAGGGUAGGGUAGGGUAGGGUAAGGUAGGGUAGGGUAGGGUAGGGUAGGGUAGGGUAGGGUAGGGUAGGGUAGGGUAGGGUAGGGUAGGGUAGGGUAGGGUAGGGUAGGGUAGUUACAAUUGCUGUUACACCAGAGAAAGUUCUUUUACUUUUUGAGUGUUUUUUGGCGGCAUUACAACAACAUAAUUCUGUCUCAAACGUCUUCGUUGCUCUCAAAAAAAGGGUAAUUAGUAAAUUACAAGCCAUCUGUUUAAACUCAUCAAAAUAAAAUGAACUCUUUUUAAAUUUGAAGUUAAAAUUUAAUUUUCGACUUGGGAAUUUAGGUCUAAGACGUACUUUCUUAACCUACUUGAAUAUAUAUAUAGACGUGGAAUGUCAUUUUUCACUCCGUUUUCCUUUAAAAUCGCCUUUCAUUUUGAAAAUAUGGCCGCCAAAAACAAGAGAUUAUAAAGAUGGAAGAGAAAGAAUAAGAUUAGUCGAAAAGACAUCGGAAUGCACUCAAAAUGACCUUAGAAAUUUUCCAAUGAAAUUGCAUCAGAUAUUGAAAUGGUUUACUUUAUUUUAAGUAUUCGGGUUUGUUUAAAUUCUAUUCCUUACCUUUUUUAACACUAUUGUUGCUCUACCCCUAAAAAUAAGUUAGUCUAGACUAUCCCAAGUUGUGCUCUACCCCAGCUUUAUCUUAGGUCUACCCUGGUCUUAUUUGGCUCUAGGUUAGCCCUUUUCAGACUUUAGACCAAUUUUAUUCUUUUUCUGGCUUUUCAAUAGCCUUACUUUAGCCUAAUUACAGACGUAUUUUAGCCCAUAUUAUGGACUUUGUCUAGGUCUACUUCAAACUUCCUAUAGCUUUAUCCUAGCUUAAGCCUUAUCUUAGUCCUUGUUGAGUCUUAAUCUAGCCUUUAUUUGCGCCUACCUCAGUUUUUUUGUAACUUUGUUUUAGCCUCUAUCUAGCUCUAUUCCAGGCCUACCUCAAGAUAAUUCUAGCCUUUUCUAUUUGUUUACUGUAGUUUUACUUUAGCUCUUUUUUGCCAUAUUUCAUCUCUAGCUCUGUCUUAGGCUUUACUUAAUUAUUAAAAAGUUUUUUGAAAAAGUUUCAUUUUUCAAACUUGUUAUCAAUUUGGUGUAGCAUUGUUGUUGUGAACGCAAAAGUCAAAGGUCGCGAGCAAUUCGAUCAAUUAUAAUUCGAACAGUCACAAAAGUAGUUUUCGUCUGAUUUUGCUGUAAUUUCGAGUUCAUAAGUUGUAUUCGAUUACUGAAGUAGAAAGCAAUAAUAAGGAGUACUGUAACUUACUUUUAAAAAGCAAGUGACUUAAAAAUGGCAAUUACAUAAAAAACACAAUAGUGAAAAUUGAUAGUACUAAGCGUACUGUAUAGUAUAAAAAUGAUAGUACUAAGUGUACUGUAUAGUAUAAAAAUGAUAGUACUAAGUGUACUGUAUAGUAUAAAAAUGAUAGUACUAAGUGUACUGUAUAGUAUAGAAAUGAUAGUACUAAGUGUACUGUAUAGUAUAGAAAUGAUAGUACUAAGUGUACUGUAUAGUAUAGAAAUGAUAGUACUAAGUGUACUGUAUAGUAUAGAAAUGAUAGUACUAAGUGUACUGUAUAGUAUAGAAAUGAUAGUACUAAGCAUGCAGUAGAGUACGAAAAUGUGUAAUACUAAGUUUAUUGUAGCUUGUAGAACACCCUAGUACUAAACCAAUACAAAUGUCAUUUCAGGAGUGUUAUGUUCAACCCGAUUCAACCUAGCUUUAAUAUGUUUCCUGGGAUGUGUAAUUGUUUAUGCUUGCCGAAGUAAUCUCAGCUUUGCACUAGUAUGUAUGGUAAAUAGUACUGCUAUCGAUGAUGGAGUCCAGACAAAGAUCUCAGCUUGUGGCAGGAUUGCACAGACUAAUACCGUGGAUAAAGUAAGUUUUUUUUGAAAAAUUUUAAAUUCAUUUUUACUUUUAGGCUUAGGGUUAACUUUUUAGGCUUCAGUUUAACUUUUUAGGCUUAAAAUUGCUGGCUUAAGCAAAAAUUUGAUUUUGAGGUUCAAACUUGCAUUUUUAGGCUUAAAGCUAAUUUCGUAUGCCUAAAAUUGGUUAUUAAGCCCAAAAAAAUGUUUUGAAGCUUAAAAUUAAUUUUUCUAUCUCAAAAUUGAUUUAUUUUCUUAAAAAUGAUUUUUAAGCUUAAAAAUGGGCUUUUAGGCUUAACUAUAAUUUUUUAGGCCUAAAAUUCAAGUUUAAACAAAAUUCUUUCUUAUUUUUUAAAUUUUAGGCUUAAAAUUAGUAUUUUAAGCUGAAAACUGAUUUUUUAAAAAUUCAGAAUUGAUUUCUUUGGCUUUAAAUUGAUCUCUAGGCUUAUACUUUUUCUCUUAAUUAAUUAUAUUUCGACUUUAGGCUUAAAUUUAAUUUUUAGGAUAAUUAGUAAGCUUAUAAAAAUUUAAACUCACAGUGCCAAACUAAUAUCCUUUAUACUAUUUUUAACUUAAAUAAUUUAUUUUUUAAUGUUUUAGUCUUUCCAUAAAAUUUAUGACCGGCACCACAACCACAGACACAUUUCUGAUAAGACUCUUUUUUACAUAUAAGCCUGUCUUGUUAACACUUUGAUAUGGCUUUUUUUAAAACGACCCUUGUGAAGAAUUAUUGAUCGUUAGUGAUAAGAAAAGCGGUUUAAAGUUCGAGAAAAAAUGGCUGUAAUUCCGUGUUUUCGGUGUGAUUUUUCGCUGAUAUGUUGUGUUUUGGAUUAGAAAACAUGCAAAUUGGAAUGAUAAAGCAUUUGAAAAUAACAAUUUAAGCCUAGAAAUAAGUUUUUCGAGUGAAAACCAAAAUGUAGCCCUAAAAAAUAAUUUUGGACUUUUAAAACUAAUUUUUUCAAUCAUUUAUUAUUAUUACAAAAAUCAAUUUAAAAACUAAAAAGUCAAUUUAAGCCUAAAGGCUGAUUUUAAGCCCAGAGUUACUCUUAAGUCUAAAAAACAAUAUAAGCCUAGAACAUCAAUUUUAAGCCUAAAAAUUAAUUUUAAACUUGUUAAACCAAUUUUAAGCCUAAAACAUCAAUUUUAAGCCUAAAAAUCGAUUAUAAGCCUAGAAAAUAUUUUUGACUUAAAAAAAUCUUACGUAGAUCUUAAAAUUUUAUGUUAAGCCUAAAAAGUCAUUUUGAAACUAAAAAAUCGUUUUAAACCUAGAAAAUAAAUUUUAAGCCUAAAAUAACUUUUAAUGUUUAAAUUUAGUUUUUAUGAAUUAAAGUUGCUUUUAGGCUUAACAUUUAGUUUUUAAGUUUCAUAAUGCAUUAUAAUGGGUUUAUAGGCUUAUAAUUUUUUGUUCUAUUAUAGGUUUAUUGUUUUUCUAAGUCAAAAAAUUAUUGAAAAUGGUUUUUCUAGGCUUAAAAUUAACAUAAAACAACAUUUUUAGAUAGAAGGCGAGUUUGCCUGGUCAAAAUCAACCCAAGGUGCCCUCCUCAGUGCCUUCUUCUGGGGCUAUACCUCAUCCCAGAUCCUUGGUGGUCAACUCGCAACUAUCAUUGGUGGCCGAUAUGUAGUAGGAGCAGCAGCUAUUGUCAAUGUCAUAGCAACACUGGCUAGUGUUGCGGCGGCUCGCACCAACAUAAUGUUCUUCAUUGGCCUCAGGGCUGUACUAGGUGCUUGUCAGGGAGCAAUGUUCCCAGCGAUGCAACAAAUGUGGUCAGUCUGGGCCCCACCCAUGGAACGGUCGCUGUUGACUGGCGUAAGCUUCGCUGGUGCUCAGGUUGGAAAUGUCAUGGUGAUGCCACUAAGUGGCAUAUUAUGCAAAUAUGGCCCAUUUGGGGGUUGGCCUAGCAUUUUUUAUGUGUUAGGAUUAGCUGGACUAGUCUGGGCGGUGUUAUGGUUCUAUUGUGUGGCAGAUAGUCCAAAGACGCAUAGGCAGAUCACUGAUGAGGAGAGGGAGUACAUUGUGGACAGCCUAGCUGAGAACAAUGGGCAUGAAAGCGAAAUUGUAGGUUUUGAUUUGUAAAGAAAGUUUUUGCCAUUUUUGUCCUGUAAAGAAAGUUCUUGCGGUUUUUUGUUUUGUAAAGAAAGUUUCUGCCAUUUUUUGUUUUGUAAAGAAAGUUCUUGCAAUUCUUUUUUUUGUAAAGAAAGUUCUUGCUCUGUUUUUUGUUAAGAAAGUUUUUGCAAUUAUAAUUUUAGAAGCGUUCAGUACCCUGGAAGUCAGUACUAACUUCAAUGCCAGUUUGGGCUUGUUUUGUUGGUCAUUUUGCCGGAGAUUGGGGUGCUUACAUGAUGGCUACAAGUCUUCCUUUAUACAUGAAUGAUGUUCUUGGAUAUGAUCUUACUUCUGUGAGUUUAAAUUUUAAAAUAGGCUUAGGCUUAAACUCAGGCUUAGGCUCAGGCUCAGGCUCAGGCUCAGACUUAGGCUCAGGCUCAGGCUCAGGCUCAGACUUAGGCUCAGGCUCAGGCUCAGGCUCAGGCUCAAGCUCAGCCUCAGGCUCAGGCUUAGGCUCAGGCUCAGGCUCAGACUCAGGCUCAGGCUCAAGCUCAGGCUCACCCUUAUUCUUAGGCUUUAAUGUAUGGCUUACGUUGAGACACAAACUAAGCCUAAGGUUAAGACUAAUACUAAAGCUUACGCUCAAGGCUCACUUUUAGGAUUAAACUCAGAACCAAGUAUAGGCUCAGUUUUAGACUCAUGCUUAGGCUUAUAAUCAAGCUCAGGUUUAGGUUUACGCUCAACCUUAGGCUUAUUCGUAAGAUUUAUAUAUAGGCUUAGAAUUAGUUUUAAAUUUAGGUCUUAAGUUUUGAUUUACUUUUAAGCUUAAGCUUAGAUGUAAGUUUUGUUUUUGUUGUAUAUUAUCUUCAUUUCAUUUCAGAUGGGGUUUAUUUCUUCAAUUCCGUAUAUUUUAUACUUUGUUUGCAUUAAUUUGGGUGGAAUUAUGGCUGAUUCUCUUCGAAAUUCGGGUAGAUUAUCGACUGUCAACACUCGACGGCUGGCACAACUGUUUGGUAAGUAUAUUUUCAAACUUUACUUUAAAAUUUCGCACUUUUUAAAAAUUUUUAUAAUUUUUUUCAAUUUUUUUGAAGUUUUAAAAUUUUUAAAAAUUUCAAAAUUUUUUUAAAAAUUUUAAUUUUUUAGCCCUAGGAAGCCAAGCAAUCUUCCUCCUCCUAAUAGGCACUGCCAAUUGUGGCCAAGAGACCCUAGUCAUCAUCUACCUUACCCUAGGUAUUGGCCUCUCAGGUCUACAGUAUGCUGGCGUUGUAGUCAAUUACCUUGACAUAGCACCAUCGUUCGUUGGUCCGAUCUUUGGUCUAGGUAACACGAUAUCAUGUGCUGCUGGUAUCUUAUCACCACUGGUUAUGGGUUGGUUAACACCGACUGGUGCUAAGGAGGAAUGGCAGAUGGUGUUCAUGGUAACGGCCGCUAUUUUGGCCGUUGGUGGACUGUUCUAUGCUCUGUUUGCUGAUGGUGAAGUUCAGGAUUGGGCGAGGUCAGAUAAUAAGACAAGGAUACUACAGGAGCCGUUGUUGAUUGAAAAUGGCAUUGAUGAGAAAAAUGGAAAAGUUCCUUUGAGUUGA